AUGGCUUCCCUAGAAAUAUAUAAAUUAAAGAGUAUGCAGUCUGCAUCUAUGAUAUCUUUGAUUGAAGCACCAGGAAUGGAGAGAACUUCUUGUUCAGCUUUAAAGUAUGCCUUGGCACAAUUGAUGAGUGCUUGA